ACUGAGUGUGUAUUAUACAGAUCUGUUUUAAAGGCUCAAAUGACAGUUUAGUAUCAUGUACGCAGUGUAUAACCUAAAUUUGAUCUAAACUUUUCUUCUACUGCUUUAAUUCACUCGGUACAUUUGUUUCUCCUGGUGAUCCAAAUGGCAGAUGUGAGAGUGUUCAUGCUUGUGUUUGGCUUCCAAAUAUCACUCCUCAUCUUACCAUUUCAAGCUGAACAAUCCUGUCUGAUAUCUGCUGACCAGCGCACCGCAGACUGCCGAGGCCAGCGAUUGGAGCAAGUGCCUGUAGGGGAACUGCCUUCAUCCAUUGAGAUGCUAGAUCUCUCUUAUAACUUUCUACAGGUUAUCAGAAAUGAUGAUUUCAUUGAACUGCCUCUCCUCAGAGCCCUCUGGCUUCAGUUCAACAAUAUAUCUUUGAUUGAGGAUGAGGCUUUUCACAAAAACCUACUACUGGAGGAAGUAAAUCUGUACAAUAACUCAUUGACUUCUAUUCCAUCAAAAGCCCUUGCACCACUCAGCAGGCUGAGAAUUUUAGAGAUUGCAAAUAAUCUUUACAGCGAUGCAACUCUGGAUGAUGUGUUUUUGAAUUUCAAGAAUCUAAAACUGUUGUCUUUGGGUGGUCCUGUACUCAGCCUUCUGAAAAGGGGGCAUCUUGAUGUGUUAACCAACAUAUCUCUGGAGAGGAUUGCUAUUAAAACUGCUUCGAGUCUGGACAUUUAUGAUCCAGGAUAUCUCAAGAACAUCCAGACUGCAAACUUGUGGCUGAAUAUACCCAUUGAUAACAGAACACAUGCUCUUCCUCUGUUGCUAAAAGACCUUAAAAACAAAACAUUUGAAGCCAUUCGUUUCCGUAAUCUCUUUGAGUUUGAGUACUAUACUGACACAGAGGAUAUUUUCUAUGGCUUACAGUAUAUAAACUCCCAGCAGCUGACCUUUCACUAUGGGAAAUUCAGCGAGGACCUGCUUAGAAUGGUUCUUAUGAAUUUAGAAAAAAGUGUUAUUAAAGCACUAGGACUGUUCUUCAUUGACUUUGCCCGGUCGCAAACAUUAGUGAGUAGUGAGGAGGGAGCCAGUAUAACAAACCUAACACUGGAUAUAUUGGUUUUGUCGGAUAUCAGCAACCCAGACAUCCUACGCUUUGACUGGAGUUUUACAUGGUUGAACAAGAUUCGUCACCUGCGCAUAAACAACAUGAAUUUUAACAUUGUACCCUGUGAUGCGUGGGAGGAGAUGAGAGGGGUCGAAAUACUUGAUGUAUCCAAAAACCGUCUAAAGGACUAUUUUCUCUUUAACCAGCAAUGUGACUACACAGAUGCAAUGUCAGCACUUCACACUUUUAAUCUCAGCAAUAACAAACUGACCAGCCUCAGCUCCUUUGCAUCUCUUGCUGGGAAUUUCAAAAACCUAAAGGUCAUUGAUAUCAGUUACAACCAGUUGGGUUUUAAAGGAAACAGCCCCUGCUCAUGGAAACAGAACAUCACUACAGUCAUCGCUAACCACAACAGUAUGGUUGUUGACAGUUUCCGAUGUCUACCAACUACUGUAUUAUACCUCGACCUCUCCUACUGUAAUUUAGACCAGUUAGAUGUGAACUAUUUCAGGAAGGCCAUUCGUCUGAGGGAGGUCCACCUCAGUGGUAACAAAAUUAAGUUCAUUCCCUUUGAUUGGAAGAGCCAGAGUUUAAAGUCACUGACUUUGGACGGAAACUCUUUUGGGGUUAUUAGCAUGAGGUCUUUCGAGGGAAUGCCUAAAUUGGAGCAACUCAGGGCAGGUAACAACCCAUACCACUGUACCUGUGAGCUCCAUAAUUUCAUACAGGAAACUGCAAUCAAGGGCAGAGUUAACAUCACAGACUGGCCAGAAAGCUACAAGUGUUACCACCCACAAGACCUGCUCAAUACUAUGGUAUCUCAUUACCUCCCUGGUCAGAUAGGGUGUGAUAUCAGACUGGUCAUCAUUAUCUCUGUAUUCACCACAGCAGGAGCCGUAUUAGUACUCAUGCUAAUAUGUUAUUUCUUUAAUGUCCCUUGGUAUGCUAAAGCUACAUACCAAAUCAUCAGGGCAAAGUAUAGGUCUCAUAAAGAAGGACUAGCACAUUCUGUGGACUAUACUUUUCAUGCCUUCAUUUCCUACAGCCAACCAGAUGCAGACUGGGUAAGGGAUGAGCUGUUACCAUGUCUGGAGGACUCCAAGCCCCCUUAUCGACUUUGCAUCCAUGAGAGAGACUUUAUGCCAGGAAAAUGGAUCAUCGAUAACAUAAUUGAGAACAUUGAAAAUAGUCGGAAGGUUAUCUUUGUCCUCUCACAGCACUUUGUGAACAGCGAGUGGUGCAACUAUGAGCUCUACUUUGCCCAGCAGCGAGCCAUGGGCAAGAACUUCAGUGAUCUCAUUCUAGUGGUGAAGGAACCUAUCGAUCCAAACUCCCUGCCCAGCAAGUACUGUAAACUCAAAAAGAUGCUGAGCAACAAGACCUAUUUAGAGUGGCCUAAACAACCCAAACAUCAAGCCUUCUUCUGGGCACAGCUGAGGAGCGUCAUGGGAAAGCCUAAUCUCACACAACAGUUCUCAACCUCCAUGUGCAAGCGUUCCACAAGAAUGAAAACGGUGUCUGUAAUUGAGCUGGCCCAGGAGAAUCAAAACUCUGCAGAUUCUGGGCCAAAGAUAGAUGAGGCAUCAGAGAUUAAACUUCAGAUUUUAGGAAAUGCUCAAGGUCUUCCACAAAAAAUCUCAGAUUAAUAAUAAUGGACAUUGUGUGAUGGUGAAUAAGUUUGUUGGGCUGAGUGUAUACCACAAUGAAGUGCAUCUUGAGAGACUUUACUAUUAGUGCUUUUCCAUUGGAUGUUGUGGCACUGCUCAGUGUAGAAAACUAACCAUGAUCCCGCAUGUUGUCGUUUUUCCACUGUCAAGCAAGCUUUGCUGCAUCUAAUUACCUGUGCUGAAUUUGUUUACCAUUCUUGCCCACAUACAGUGCAAGCCAAGUUGGUAUAUAUACAGAGAGCUGACAAUUUAAAGGGAAAAAACAACACAAACCACUAGGUUCAUUGUUCCUUGGCACAGAUUCUACAAGUCUCUGGAACUGUACUGAAGGGAUAAGCAGCAUUUCUGUAAAGGAUAUUAGCUGAAUUGGUGUAUUGAUGAUGAUGGUUAAGAGCCCUGUCAAACACAUCAGUCCACAAUCUCCCAUAUAUGUUAAAUUGCUUUAGAUUAGAUGACAGUGAAGGCCAUAGCAUUUGAUUAACAUAAUUUUCCUAUCCAUUAAAUCAUUCACUUUUCUCAUUCACAUAUCAUUCAGAUACCACACCCAUCAGGAUUAAAAUGUCUUCUCAUGGGUUAAAUGUGAUCAGUCAGAACAGCAGUAUUUAUUUGCAAUGGCCCUUCCUUUUAAGAAGACAGUUGACCAAAACAUGACAGCAAAAUACUCUCCACAACAUUAAAGAGCAACCACUGAUUGGUCAUCACAAACUUUAUUGAUUCAUCCUGAUGUCUCUAGCUAAAGUCACUUUUCUGCUAGCACAGACAUUUUCAGUAGUGACUGACUUUCUUCCCCGUUUAAAAUGUGUU